AUGGGGAAGAAGAUGAAGGCAAACCUUCAACUCCGAGAGGCUGUUAUCGGAUUCGUAUACCGGACCGAAAAGUUUGUUAAGAACUACGACGCUGACACCGACGUCCACCAACUGCAAGAACGGAUAGCAAAACUGGAUGAGAAGUGGAGCAAAUUUGAAAGCGUCCAAGGUGACAUUGAGGAAUUGGAGGAGGAUGAAAAUAACAUGGCGGCCCAUGAGCAGUUUCGAGCGGAUUUCGAGGAGCUGUUUUUUAAGGUAAAGACAGGGUUGAGGUCCAAGUUACCAUUCUCUCCACCCUCUCCCACCGCUACUUCUUCCAUUAGAGAUAGGAAUGUGGGUGCAUGUACUGGCAUUCGCUUGCCCAAGAUCAGCUUGCCAGAGUUCAAUGGGGAAUACGAUAAAUGGCUGCCAUUCUUUGAUACUUUCCGAUCAUUGAUUCAUGAAAACACGGAUUUAAAUCAGAUCCAAAAAUUUCAUCAUUUGCGAGCGUCUCUAAGGGGUGAAGCACUUAAGGUGGUUGAUUCUUUCCAAAUGAGCGAAGCUAGUUAUGAGGUCGCCUGGUCCGCCUUGGUGAAACGUUAUUCGAAUAAAUACCUUCAGAAGAAACGCCAUGUAAACGCGAUGUUGCAAUACCCGAAAGUGAAGAAGAGGUCGGCAAAUGGAAUACACGAGUUAAUUGAAUGCUUCGAUCGACAUACGAAAAUUCUCGAUCAACUGGGAGAAAUUACUACGGACUGGGGAGCGAUGUUGAUGCAGUUGUUGGUGUCGAAACUUGACGAUGAGUCGCUGAAGGACUGGGAGGAGCGUGCGGUCAAGAAAGACGAUCCUGUUUUCGCAGAUGUUAUGGAGUUUCUUGAAGGACAGACGCGGAUCCUGGAUGCUGUAGCGGUCGAUCGACGUUCGGAGAAUCUGCCAUCACAUUUCUCCACCGCUAACUCCAGCUUCAAGAAAUCGGGUUCCAAAUUUUCUGUGCAUGCAACCACGGACACUCCCUCGAUGCAGUGUCUUCAAUGCAACGGUCGACAUUACCUCACAAGCUGUCCUGCAUUUGGCCAGAUGUCAUUAGAGAAACGUUUCCAAGUAGUCAACUCUAAGAAGCUGUGCAGUAACUGUUUGAAACAAGGUCAUCUGAAUCGUGACUGCACUUCGCGUUUCCGUUGUCGCACUUGUAGCAAGAAACACCAUUCUCUUCUCCACCCUGGAAUAGACGCGGCGGCUUUCACUCCAACUGUUAAUCCAACUACGCAGGUGCCGUCUUCGAAUCGGCAACAAACAAGCCCUUCCACACAUGUGGUUUCAACAGACGAUUCUUUGCAAACGGUGCAGAGUUCAGUGGCCACAAUUUUCGCUUCCAACGUCGCGACAGAACAUCGAGAGUAUCAUGUCUUCCUUUCCACGGUACUGGUGUCGGUAAAGGACUGCAACGGGCGGUCACAUCUGGCAAGGGCGCUUUUGGACAGUGGGUCACAGGCAAAUCUUAUCUCGGAUCGUCUGUGUCAGAUUCUCAAGUUACCUCGGAAAGGAGUUAGUGUGCCGAUUUCUGGUAUUGGUAGUUCUACUUUUCGAGUUUCACAUUCCGUGUCGACGACGAUUUCAUCUCGAAUAAGCGAUUACUCAGUACCGAUGGAAUUCUUUGUAAUGAAGAAAGUGACUGAGGACCAACCAUCAGCGACUAUCCCCAUUGGAGACUGGAAUCUUCCAACCGACAUCGAGUUAGCUGAUCCAGGGUUCAACAAACGUGGUGCGAUUGACCUUCUUCUCGGAUUGGAAUAUUUCUACGAGUUCCUCCUGCUCAAUGGUGGCCGGGUUCAAAUCCAGCGCAUAGGCAACGGGCGUCCACUAUUCGUCAACACAGUAUUCGGGUGGGUUGCAGCAGGAAAGGUUAACUUAGGUCGAAUGAAUCCAGUUCCCGUUUGUCAUGUGGCAGUUGACAACUCAUUGGAGCAGAAGAUCGAGCGAUUCUGGACUAUUGAGGAGAUUCAGGACGUUCCGCGGCUAACACAAGAAGAAAUCGAUUGCGAAAAUCAUUAUAAAGUCACGUUUUCGCGUGACACCGAAGGACGAUAUGUGGUUCGGCUCCCAAAACGAUUGGGUUUCGAAAAGAUGAUCGGAGACUCAAGAGAAAUGGCGGUACGGCGAUUGAUUCAGCUGGAGAGGCGUUUUAAGCGGGAUGAAGAUUUGCAUAAGCGGUACAGUGACUCCAUACGAGACUACUUGAUCAACGGGCACAUGUUAUUGGUCGAAGAUGUGGAGGAACGGUCUGAGCAUCGGCUCGUGUGUUACUUGCCACAUCAUCCGGUCAUCAAGGAGACCAGCACGACAACAAAGAUUCGACCAGUGUUCGAUAGAUCAGCCAAGACAACCAGUAAUUAUUCCCUUAACAAUGCACUGAUGACGGGACCGGUUAUUCAGGAUCAACUAAUUGAUCUGAUCUUACGUUUCCGCAAGCACAAGGUAGCGUUAGUCGCAGACAUCGAAAAGAUGUACCUACAGGUGAAGGUGCAUUCGGACGACUGUCCACUCCAACGCAUUCUCUGGCGGUUCUCUCCAUCCGAUCCGAUAAAGACUUACGAGUUACAACGGGUAACAUUUGGUUUGGCGCCCUCUUCUUUCUUCGCUACUCGAUCACUCCAGCAGUUGGCGGAAGAUGAAGGCGAUGCGUUCCCACGAGCGAAAGCGGCGCUCGUCGACGAUUUCUAUAUAGACGAUUACAUCGGAGGCGCUGAUUCUGUGGAAGAAGCGGUAUUACUGAGACAGGAACUUGAGCAGUUGUUACCAAAAGGUGGUUUUCGAUUGCGCAAAUGGAAUUCCAGUACGGAAGGCGUGCUGGAAGGCGUAUCUGCAGAAGAUUUAGGAACGCAAACUACAUUGGUGCUCGACAAGGAAGAGCAAGUGAAGGCGCUAGGUGUCAUUUGGAAACCGGGGCCGGAUGUACUUGGUAUCGGCGUCUCCACAUCUAGCAUAAUCGGUUGCUGGACUAGGCGACAGGUGUAUUCGGUCAUUGCACGACUUUUCGACCCACUCGGACUCAUUGGUCCAGUCAUAACAUGGGCCAAGGUUCGGAUGCAGCAGCUCUGGGUGGCUACCCAAGAUUGGGACGAGCCACUUUCACAGGAAUUAACGGAACGGUGGGCUCAAUUCUACGAACAACUUCCUCUCCUCUCUAAUGUGAAGGUGAAUCGUUUCGCCUUCUGCUCGCAGCCAUACCUGGUGCAGUUUCACAUCUUCUCAGAUGCGUCGGAGGCGGCGUAUGGGGCGUGUAUUUAUGCUCGAACGAUUAGUCAAACGGGACUGAUCAAGGUGGAGUUAUUGUCAUCAAAAUCACGACCAGCACCGCUGAAAAGGGUCAGCAUCGCAAGGUUGGAGCUCUGCGGGGCGUUGCUCGCAGCGAAACUCUACCAAAAAGUACGACAUGCGCUAAAGAUGGACGACACUGAAGCUUGGUUUUGGUCUGAUUCGACGGUGGUCCUUUGCUGGUUGAGAUCACCAUCCUAUGUCUGGCCGACGUACGUUGCGAACCGUGUCUCACAAAUCCAGGAAUGGACGAAAGGUCAUCGAUGGAAUCACGUCAAGGGGACGGAGAAUCCAGCCGAUCUCGUGUCACGAGGAGUCACACCGAAGGACUUUGUCGAUCUGCAAAACUGGUUCCACGGUCCUGCUUGGUUAUCGUUGCUGGACCAACACUGGAAUAAUCCCAAACGGUAUGAAGAUCCACCGGAAGACCAAUUAGAACGAAAACGGAUCAUUUUAACCGCUUUAACACAUAUGGAACCACAUCCACUAAUCGACCGUAUCUCAUCGUACUGGAAGUUGCUUCGAGUAACAGUUCUUUGUUUACGCUUCGCGCGGAAAUGUCAACGUCGACACAACGAAAUUCCUGACAUCUCUCACAUCAGUGUCGCAGAACUGCAAGUCGCAAAACAAGUUUUGGUUCGUCAGGUGCAGCAGGAAGCGUUCGCUACAGAGCUUAAGGAGCUAUCCAAUCAUCGCGUCGUCCCAGUCCGUUCACCGCUGAAACUCCUCAACCCGUUUCUCGAUCAGCAAGGCGUACUCCGUGUUGGUGGCCGGCUUGAAGCCGCGAACGAAUCGUUUCCCGUAAGGCACCCCAUCAUCAUCCCUAGCAAACACUCGUUCUCGCGUCUUGUCGCUGUUGCAUACCAUCAGCUCUCCCUUCACGCUGGCCCACGUAUGACGCUCGCACAAGUCCGCCAGGAAUAUUGGCCCCUGAAUGGCAUGUCUCUAGCAAGCUAUACUUACCGGAAUUGCAUUCGCUGUUUCCGAAGCAACCCUGUCCCUGCCACUCAACCUCCCGGACAGCUUCCUCGUUCUCGAACACUUCCCGCUCGACCUUUUGCCACUACUGGCGUAGAUUUCUGUGGACCAAUCUACCUCAAACCCGUUCACCGCAAAGCUGCAGCGCAGAAGGCCUACAUCGCUGUUUUCGUCUGCUUCUGUACCAAAGCAGUUCACUUGGAGUUAGUGGGCGAUUUGUCGACAGCUAAAUUCAUCGCCGCUCUUCGUCGUUUCGUUGGAAAACGAGGCGUUCCUGCCGAAAUCCAAUCGGACAACGGGCUCAAUUUCAAAGGAGCUAGCAACGAACUCCGAGCGCUAUACGAUCUGCUCAAUGAUUCCUCAAGCGCAACCACCAUUAGCAACGAAGCAGCUCAGAUUGGAAUCGUGUGGAAAUUCAUUCCACCGAAAGCUCCAAACUUCGGUGGUCUUUGGGAAGCCGCCGUCAAAUCCGCUAAGUCUUCUCUGGUGAAACUUCUCGGACAACGUCGGCUGUCGUUCGAGGAUAUGACCACCGUUCUUGGUCAGGUUGAAGCGGUAAUGAAUUCUCGCCCUUUGACACCCCUUUCCGAGGACCCCGACGAAUUGGAUGUUCUGACCCCGGGUCAUUUUCUCACCGGAUCUUCGUUGUUGGCGAUUCCAGAUCCGGACUAUACAGGCGUUCCAACCAAUAGGCUCGAACACUACCAACAACUUCAACAGCUCAUCCAGCAGCACUGGAAGCGUUGGCGAAGGGAGUACAUCUCGCAACUCCAUAACGUCAACCAGCGUGCCUUUCCACCGAUCAAACUGAAGGUCGGACAGAUGGUCGUCCUGAAGGAGGAUGACAAAGCACCGUACUCUUGGCCCCUCGGCCGUAUCACUGAAGUCCACCCUGGCCCGGACGGAGUGGUCAGAGUAGUGACUCUGAGGACAUCGCAAGGGAUAUACAAACGGCCGGCGUCUCGUGUUUGCCUGUUGCCGUUUGAGAAGGACUCGAGAGGGCAACCAUCAACCUCCUGCCUUCUGCAGUCAACCAGUGGAACCCCGAGGGACGUGACGUCCCCUACUCACAACUAUGAAGCACAAGGACAUAACAACGCAACCACCAUUAGCAACGAAGCAGCUCAGAUUGGAAUCGUGUGGAAAUUCAUUCCACCGAAAGCUCCAAACUUCGGUGGUCUUUGGGAAGCCGCCGUCAAAUCCGCUAAGUCUUCUCUGGUGAAACUUCUCGGACAACGUCGGCUGUCGUUCGAGGAUAUGACCACCGUUCUUGGUCAGGUUGAAGCGGUAAUGAAUUCUCGCCCUUUGACACCCCUUUCCGAGGACCCCGACGAAUUGGAUGUUCUGACCCCGGGUCAUUUUCUCACCGGAUCUUCGUUGUUGGCGAUUCCAGAUCCGGACUAUACAGGCGUUCCAACCAAUAGGCUCGAACACUACCAACAACUUCAACAGCUCAUCCAGCAGCACUGGAAGCGUUGGCGAAGGGAGUACAUCUCGCAACUCCAUAACGUCAACCAGCGUGCCUUUCCACCGAUCAAACUGAAGGUCGGACAGAUGGUCGUCCUGAAGGAGGAUGACAAAGCACCGUACUCUUGGCCCCUCGGCCGUAUCACUGAAGUCCACCCUGGCCCGGACGGAGUGGUCAGAGUAGUGACUCUGAGGACAUCGCAAGGGAUAUACAAACGGCCGGCGUCUCGUGUUUGCCUGUUGCCGUUUGAGAAGGACUCGAGAGGGCAACCAUCAACCUCCUGCCUUCUGCAGUCAACCAGUGGAACCCCGAGGGACGUGACGUCCCCUACUCACAACUAUGAAGCACAAGGACAUAACAAGUGA